AUGCCCCCAAGGUGCCGUACCAACGUCAGUCCCCAGAAGAAACCCAGACGCCGCUACAACCAGGCGUUAAAGCGCGCAAUGGUCACCGUCCUUCGAUCCGCUUCCACCCGCGACCUUCAGGCAGCAACUGGGAUCCCGAAGAGCAAUCUUGCUCGUUGGGCGCAGCAGUCAGGAAAGCUCCAGAGCUUUGAUGGCAGCGGCAAGCGGUUCAACCUCGACGGUGCCGGCAGGCCAGAAGAGAUCCCUGACACUGCUGCCUUGAAAGCCUUCAUGGUCAUGCUCCGCGAGGCCAAGCGUGCGGAACAAUACCAAUGGCUACCAAUUCCUUCUCAAGCUCCUCCAAAGGUUCUGCGCUCGUCACGGAUUUUCGCGUCAGAAGCCGUCGCGUUCCAAGACAACUCAGGCCGACCAAUGCUGUCCAAGAACGAGCUUGGAUGGAUUCUCGAGUCUGGGCCAUUUGACAAUUUUGACCCGCAUGUGAGCAAGGAAGGAAUGAAGAUUGCCAGUGAAGAGGCGGGUUGCGUUGUGGCGGCCAUUCCACCAAACGCGACGAGCACUGUGCCCUCUGGAUGUCGGGAUUAUGGCCCCGCUGAAACGUCAUUUGCGUAG